AUGAGUUUGAAAAGAGGCCACUCAUGUGUCCUCUGCCAGCAACGCAAGGUCCGCUACGACCAGCAGAAACCCUGCGCCAACUGUGUUCGGGCACAGGUUGAGUGCGGAGUCGUGGCUCCGCAGCCCGUGAGGAGGAGGAAGAAGAAGCUGCACGAACGGGAUCUGGUCGAACGGCCGCAGAAGCAUGAGAUACUCAUGGCCCAGAAUGUAUCGCACCAGCUACGCUACGACCUGCUGCACAGUUCGUCCGAUGAAGGAUACGAGCGCCCUACGACGGACCACGCCUUCGAUACCAUGUUCAGCGAUGCUACGGAUGGCUUCCCCUGCUUUCUCGGUGGCUCAGGCUUCCCGACUCACAUUACCCAUCCACAUCCACCAGCCAUCCAGACCUUCCAGCUGUGGCAGGUGUACAUCAAUAACGUCGACCCUCUCCUGAAGAUCAGUCAUGUUCCAACGCUGCAGACCCAGAUUGUGGGUGCAGGCGCCGACUUGGAGAACACCUCCAGGCCUCUCGAGGCCCUGAUGUUCUGCAUCUACCUCAUAGCAGUCAAGUCGAUGCCCGAGGACGAGGUCCAGAUGGCCCUUGGGGAAGUCAUCCUGCUGAACCGGUACAAUGAGGCUGCGCAACAGGCCUUGAUCAAUGCUAGUUUCUUCAGUGCAGGACGCGAUGUCGACCCUCGAUCUCUCUUCUGCUUGAUUGGUAUUGCUGUACGCGUAGCCACUCAUCUAGGCCUGCAUCGAGAUGGCGCCCAGCUUGGUCUGUUCCCCUUCGAGACAGAGCAACGGAGGCGACUUUGGUGGCAGCUCAUUGUCCUCGACCAACGAAUGGCCGAGAUGACCGGUUCUGCUAUCAUGGCUCUCUCGUCUUCUGGCGCAGAUUGUCGAUUGCCUCUCAAUGUAAACGAUACGGACCUUCACCCGCAUGCUGAGGACUUCCCGAGACCUCAUACAAGGCCAACGGAAAUGCUUCUCUGCCUCACGCGUAUUGAGCUCACCAUCGCCGCUGCUACCCUACAGCCAUUAGAAAUCAACAUCAACAUGAGCUUCGAAAUCCUCACCCAACAUCAUCCCCUGGUCCUGGCACUCACGAAGCAACUACACGUCGGCCAUCGCUCCACAAUCCGGAUCAGGAUCAGGACAACUACACCUACAUCGAACCCGUCUACCUUAAAAAAGGUCUACCGAUGUAUAAGGAGCGCAGAGAAAACGAAUUUAUAA